AAGUUGCUCGGUGUCCCGGAUGAGGUUGAGUCACUCGUGCUGAUGUCACUCGCGCUCCUGAAAAUGGCCGAGUCGGAAGAGGAGGUGGAUGUCUUGGUCCAGAGAGUUGUCAAAGAUAUCACUAACGCCUUUAAGAGAAAUCCUGACAUAGAUGAGAUUGGACUCAUACCGUGCCCGGAAGCUAGGUACAACAGAAGCCCAAUCGUCUUGGUGGAGAAUAAGCUCGGGGUGGAAAGCUGGUGCGUGAAGUUCCUACUGCCCUACGUGCACAACAAGCUGCUGCUAUAUCGACAACGCAAACAGUGGCUGGACCGCGAGGCGCUGGUUGACAUCACAUCCACAGUACUGCUAAUAAACCCAGACUUUACCACUGCCUGGAAUGUCAGGAAGGAACUCCUUCAGUGUGGAGUGCUGAAUCCAGAGAAGGACCUUUACCUGGGGAAAUUAGCACUGACAAAGUAUCCCAAAAGCCCAGAGACAUGGAUACACAGGCGAUGGGUGCUGAAGAGGCUGCAGAAGGAGCCGUGUGGAGCUGACGAGAGAAGCGAUUACACUGAGCAGAUCCAGAGAGCCGUGCAUGAGGAGAUGAAGGUGUGUGCAGAUGCCGCGGGCCGUUACGCCAGCAACUACAACGCCUGGUCGCACCGUAUCUGGGUCCUGCAGCACAUGGCCAAAGGCAAUCUGAAGAUUCUUCACGAUGAACUCUCCUCCACAAAACUGUGGGUGUCCAUGCACGUGUCCGACCACAGCGGCUUUCACUACCGCCAGUUCCUGCUCAAGGCACUGCUAGCUGAGCUGGGGCAGGCCCAGCAGCCUAAUGGAGGAGGCUCAGUGGACGAGCCGCACACCGAUGCCAUCCCGCAGCUUUUCCACGAUGAGAUAGAGCUCUGCACUGACCUCAUCGAGUCAUACCCAGGCCAUGAGACCCUGUGGUGCCACAGACGGCACGUGUUCUAUCUGUGGCACCACUGGCGGAAUCACAGUCAAGAGCAGGAUCCUCUAUCUCCAGGCCACGCCCACACACUCCUCAAUGAUUCUUCAGACCCCAGUGACGAAGGCAGGAGCCCCCAGGCCAUGGAUGUUGACUGUACAUUAGAGGGCAGUAAGCACGGAGGCUACACACAGGACAGCAAACGGUUGAAGCGAGGGCCACCCUGUCCCACUCUCCCUUCUGAACACACGUUCAUCUCGCGUAUCCUGAGCAGCUGCAGGAAUCCUGAUCAGGGCCGUUUUGCCGACGCAUACAGGAAGUGGCUGGACUCUGUCAUAGGUCAGUAGCUCAAGAUGAUAGAUCAGCUUAGUUUGGGCACCAUCCACGCACGACUGAAGACGGCCAGACUGUCAGAGAAGCUCUGCAAAUGAAUUCCCCUUCAUGAUGAAAACCAAGUGAUGAGCCAUGGCAGAGUAAUGCUGGUCUGCAGUGUCUGCUUUUGUUCAGGUACUUGAUAUCUCAGGUCUGUUUUGGUUUUUUUAAAUGAUUUUUCUCAGUUAUUUGAAACUUUUUAUAUUGUUUAUUUCCUAAGGUUUUCUUAGGUUGGUUUGUUUGUUUUUUGCACAAUUUAAACGAGUGCAAGCCGUCUUCAUGAUGCUGCCUUCAGUUGUACACUUCCUGUCAAGAGACUCAAGUGCACACAUUGGAGCUCGAACUGAUCCUAUCUCACUUUAUUCUGUUUCAUUAAGAGCAGACAGGCUUUGCUUACUUGUCUGCCUGUUUAUUUGCUCUUUAAACUUUUGUACAGGUUUGAACAAAUUUCCGAGCACUUUGCUCCAGCUAAUGAUGUAAGCACAAUCACAGAGUUUCUCAGAAACGUUCAAAACACGGCAGGCUGAGCCAUUUGGGAUCAGCACUUAUUAAUACUUUUAAAAUGCCGCUAAUAAUACACAACAGAAAUGGGUCGUGCUUGAGCAGUUUCUAGGUUUAUUUCAGUUCUUAUGUAAUGGCAUAGCAGUGGCUCAGGCUUCACGAUGAACUCCAGAAGCACGUUGAUCGCACUAUAAAAUGAAGAUCAUCUACAUCAGGGGUGUCCAAUCUUAUCCGGAAAGGGCCGGUGUGGGUGCAGGUUUUCAUUCCAACCAAGCAGAAGACACACCUGAGUCUACUGACAGCCAAGAUCAGCUGAUUAAACUGGUGGAAUCAGGUGUGGCUCCUGCUUGGAUGGAAUUAAAAACCUGCAGCCAUACCGGCCCUUUCUGGAUAAGAUUGGACACCCCUGGUCUAGACCCAACCAUCAGGCGUCAUGCCGUCGGAAGAAUCUCAGCGUUGAAGCACAAACACUGCGAUUUUAUUCCUUUUACGUAUCCUGAGUUUUCGUUAUGAAGGGGAAUUUGCAAUAGAGUUGCGAGCAUUUCUUGAUUCGUCGGCCCGUGAGGACGGUGUCAUGAUUUAGAAUCAGUACAAGUUACAGUCUAACACUUGUCGAAUGGUGCUAAAUUUCUGCAGCCACAAAAGAAGGCUUUAACAGGCCUGGGUUGACAGAUGCUGCUUCUCUUUUAACACUACUUUUGAACUAUAUUUAUGCAAAGAAUUGAGAUCGAUUUCAUGAUAGAAUCACUCAUAUCACAGUUUAUUCAAACGAAACACUUCAACCGGGUUUACACCGUACGAUUUUUUUGGCCCUGUUUUCCUGUCGCGGACAAAAAUCGCACAUCGUAAAAGAAUUCUUCGGUCGUGAGUUGAGAUCUGUGAUCGUGUUCUCUCAGGGCUGGUGGUUCAGUUCCGCUGUUUCCAAAAAAAAAAAAGUUCUGGCCGUGUCAGAAACGUGUACAUGUAUCAAAUCCGAGUAUGACUGCUGCUACAAUGCUCAUCUCGACUCCACCAAUAGGAGGGUAGCGUAGUAUUAUGGGAAACUUACUUGGACAGUUACAAAUACAGUAGUAGCACGUGUAAUGACAAAACAUGAUUAUGGACACACACAAAAAUUGUCCUUAUUACCUCAAGCUUAUGUGGAAGAAUGUUUCUGUUUGUGCAAGCCAUGAUUGCACUGAUUGAUGGCGUAAGCAGAACUUUUUAGUUCUUUAUAGAGCAUCUUCAUCGUAUAGACGGACGCGAAGAACACGUUAUCGCAGUCGGUCGUAGAAUUCGACCUAGAUGUUAACGGGAUCGGUUCAUACGCCAUGUCUUGGUAUAAUCUUCACAAUCCACUGAAAUCGCAUAAUGUAAACCCGGCUUUAGACAGUUAUGGUCGAUCUAGCUGUGCAUUAGAAAUGACUGGCCUCUUAUAACCCUUAGAUAGGUCAAUCUUAUAAAGCAGAAGUCAUUUAUGGCACAUUUCUCUAGGUUUGUUUGUAGGAAAGCAUACGCUUCUGUCAUUUUCAAAUGUACUAUACUAUCUUUUUACACAUAAUCAAAACUAUUUACUAGUAAGAGAAUAGAUUUAUAUUGACAAUAAAACACAGUGAAGUUCUUAAACAUAUCUAGAACACCUUUAGGUUUGUUCCUCAGAUACAACUUGUGUCUGAUUAAGAACGAUACUCUGGAAAAUCCAAACUGACGUUGUAAUUUAGCUAAAAACUAGACUAGGUUUUUCAAUUUUGUGUACAGUGAAAUGUCUUAGGAAGUGAUAUUUGCGCAGUUGCACAGUGACAAUACGAAAUGAAGUGUUCCAUUUCCACAUUUGUAUAGUGAUCAAAUAACUUUAUCUAGGGCUAUUUACGUUUUUGUUUUGGGAUUUGUUUUUUUUUGUUUUUUGGCCCAGCCUGGAGUGUUUUUCUCGCACCACAUUGCUCUGGGGUGCAGUAGCUUGGCAAUAAAGCCCAUUCUUCCUUCACUCUACAACCAAAUGCAUUGAAAGGUAGACUGUCAUUAUAACGGAGUUCAUCCUAUAAUUCUUGGUUUUGUUCUGUGAACCUAGACAAUGUCCUUGUUAGGACAAUAAAGCAGGUUUUUAGUAAUUUGAAGAUGUACAGGAUUAUUUUCUAGUUGGUAAAGGAUGCUUUUAAUGCCCUCACUGACCACUGUAUUAGGUCCCGAUCUAAUCAGCCAAUCAUGGGGCAGUAGCACAAUGCAAAAACUGAUGCAGAUACAGAUUAAGAGCUUCGUUUAAUAUUUACAUCCAUCUUCAGAAGCAGGGAGAAAAACCGUGAUCUCUGUGACUUUGACCGUGGCCUGGUAGUUGUUUGAGUAUUUCAGAAACUGACGAUCUACUUCUAAACUGACGAGAGUUUCACACACAACAGUCUGUAGAGUUUAUAUAGAAUGGUGUGAAAAACAAAACAAAAAAAAAUCAUCCAGUAAGCAGCAACCAUCGUCUGGUCUUUUUUCAGUUCUCAGUCGUCCAGUUUUGUUAAGCCCGUGCUCACUGUAGCUUCAGGUUCCUGUUCUUGGCUGACAGGAGUGGGGCCCGAUGUGGUCUUUUGCUGUUGUAGCUUAUCUGCCUCAAGAUUCGAUGUGUUGCUUGUUCUGGGAUACGUUUCAGCUCUCAGUGCUUGUAAAGAGUGCAUGCUUUUAUUUGAGUAGUCUUCCUGUCAGCUCGAACCAGUCUAUCCAUUCACCUCUAUCCUCUCUCAUCAACAAGACGUUUCCACCCACUGAGCUGCCACUCACAGGAUGUUUCUUACACCAUUCUGUGUAAACUCUAGAGACUUUCCUGCAUGAAAAUCCCAGGAGAUCAACAGUUUCUGAAACACUCAAACCAGCCAGUCCGGCACAAACAACCUACUCGCUGAGAUCACAUAUCAUCUCCAUUCUGAUGUUUGGUGUGAACAUUAUCUGAAGCUCUUGACUUGUAUCUGUGUGAUUUAACUCAUUGUGCUGCUGCCCCAUUGGAUUGGAUAAUUGCAUUAAUGACCAAGUGUAUAUUUGUGUAUAUUAUUGUUCCUAAUGAAGCGGUCAGCGAGUGUAUAAUCAGUCCUUGGUUACACUAAAUACUGACCCUGUUACACUGUGGUAAGAUGUACUUACCUGAACUGAUUUUCGUACAUGUCUGUCUGUUACUUGUAGCAGCUGUCAUAUUUCUUGUAAAGUAAGCUGCCAUUUCUGUUACUUGUUUGGAGAUUAUUGGAAACAAACAUGCCUUCGUGAUGUUUUUCCUGCUUCCAUGGUCCGAAGGGGCCCAAAAAAAGGAGAAAAAUCUUCCACCUAGCUUUUCCUUCCAUACACUUUUGCAUUUUGUGCUACUGCUGUACAAGUUCUGCGACUAAACCAACUACCUGCUGAACCAGAGCCAUCAUGCAGUCUUAUGUUACCAGGAGAAAAGCUAGUGUUUCUGAGAAUUGCUUCUUUUGUAAGUCUUAUCUUUUUAGGGCUUUGACCAUAAAUCUAGCCUGAAGUGUAUUCAGUACCACUGUAUUAACUAAAUUGAUGUUCAUAUGACUUUUCUUUCUCAUAUCAUGUCUGUGUAUUAACUGCCUGUUUUUGCCAUAACUUAUACGACAUGACCUGAAUGGCGCCGGUGCAUCUAUGCAGAUUCAGUCUCCCAAUUUCCAUCAAAGUUUGGGAAGAGGAAACGUACUUUUUGUAGUGCUUUCUCACAUAUUUCUAGGUAAGUUUACAUAAGGUACUGUAGGUUGCUAACAAAUCUAGCAUUUUGUCUGUGUGUUAUAUAUUUAUUUGUAUAUUUAAAAAGACUUGUAUCCACAGUAAUUGUUUUUGUCAGUUGACUACCACAUGAAAUAAAAACAAUUUCUGGAGAAA